GGCGCGGAGUGCAUCCGUGAGGUGGCGGCCCCGGGCCUGGGCCGCGGCCUGCACGGGGUCCUCCGCCACCCGCGUCUGGUGGUGUGGGUGAGGCCGUGUGACGCCGGCCCGUGUCCCUGCCCACGGCCACCCCUGCACCUGCCGCUCCAGGGCGCGGGCUCUGAGGUGCGGCAGCUGUGCCAUUGGUCUCAGAGGGCCGAGUGGGUCUGUGGUGUGCACCCCAGCCCCUGUCACAACAGGCGCUCAAGGAAGAUGUCGCCGGAGGAGCUCUGAAUUGCUCUGCAGGCUGCCCGGAUACCCACAGAUGAGACAUGAGUGCCGCCUUCUGUGAAGCCUUGUUUAGAUAAUGGCCCUGCAGAUCUCAUCUUCGUACUUGUAUGUAAUAGACAAACCUUUCUGCUAAGGAAAGCGGUUCAUCCAGGAGUGCGCAGUCAUCCCUACUCAAGGAUGCAAAAGGCAUCAGUUCGCUUGACAGCUUCGUGCAUACAUUGUGUGUGACAUUUUCUUCUGGAGUAUAGAAAUAAAAGUACAUCUGAUGGGACAAGGUGAGCUGUGCAUACACCUGCUUGUUACAGCAGUGUUUGCGCAGGUCCUCUUAACCCAAUCUCUCCUCUCAGAGUGCCAACUUACAGCUACCAUUUCCAGUGGCAGCUGCAGAUACCUGGUGAGAUCAGUACUGAGCAACUAUAAUGGAGAGACAGAAGAGAAAACAAGAAAUAGAGAAAGGACUUCAGUUCAUUCAGUCCACGUUACCCCUAAGACAAGAAGAUUAUGAGGCCUUUUUGCAGAAGCUGGUGAGAAACCUGUUUGCAGAGGGCAAUGAUUUGUUUCGAGAGAAGGAUUUCAAGCUUUCGCUGGUACAGUAUGUAGAAGGGCUGAAUGUGGCAGAUUACGCAGCCUCUGACGAGGUGACUAUCCCAAAGGAGCUCCUGUGCAAGCUGCAUGUCAACCGGGCUGCCUGCUACUUUGCCAUGGGAUUGUAUGAGAAAGCGCUGGAAGACAGCGAGAAGGCUUUAAGUCUUGACAAGGAGAAUAUCCGAGCACUCUUCCGGAAAGCCCGCUCCUUAAAUGAACUUGGAAGACACAAAGAAGCAUAUGAGUGCAAUAGCCGAUGCUUGCUGUCCCUCCCACAUGAUGAAAGCGUGACGCAACUGGGACAGGAGCUUGCCCAGAAGCUGGGACUGAGGGUUCGAAAAGCAUACAAAAGACCUCAGCAGGAAUUGGAAACAUUCUCGCUACUCAGUAAUGGCACAUCAAUCAAUUCAUCAAACCAGACCACUUCCAAUGGAUUGGGUUCAAUAGAUGACAUUGAAACAGACUGCUCUAUGGACCUGCAGUGCCUCCCAGCUCCUGUGGCCACCUCCAUCCCUGUGAGCGAGGGGCUGGGCCCUUUGCCCUCUGACUCAGAUGCAAAGGGCUUGCCUACCUCACUCCCUGCUGCCAGCUUGCUUCUGUCUCCAGACUGCGUGUCCUUGCCAGUGCCUGAGAGUGUGGAGGACUUCACAGAUGGGGACAUCAUUGGGGAAGAACUGGACUCCCUCCUGGACUCGCUCGCUGAAGGGUCACCAUACCCUCUAGUAAGAUCUCUGGUCCAGGGCACUAUUCCUACCAACCUGCCAACGGAGAUGCCCCAGCUGAUCCCUGUGUUUCCGGGGGGAACUCCGCUGCUGCCCCCAGUCGUGACAGCCAGCAUCCCUGUCUCCACCCCCCUGCCACCUGCUUCUUUUGGCCUGGUGAUGGAUCCCACCAAGCAGCUCUCCUCCUCCUCUGUCCUGGAUGCCUUCGAGGCCCCGCCAGGAGGAAGUGCCAGCUCCACCUUAGAUUCACUGGAUUCCCUGGAUCUGCUCCCCUACACAGACUCACGGCUCGAUACCCUGGACUCCUUUGGGACAAGCAGAGGGUCGCUGGAUGCAUUGGAUUCCUUUGCUAUUGAAGAAACUAGCCCUCAGGAACUGCGACACCUACCUGGCAGCCAAAAACCAUCCCCCGUGGUGAGUGAGACGCUCCCCCGUGCUGAUGUCCCAAGGUGCUCUGGAGCCAAGGUAGUCAGUCUUGGUGGAGUGAGUCACCCAGCUGUGCCCAAGGUCACCGAGCACCUGCUGUCCCAGCCGGAACCAGUUAUGCCCAACACAGCCCUGCUGGUGAAGAACCCCCUGGCAUCUACUCAUGUCUUCAAACAAGCCUGUCAUGUCUGCUACCCCAAAACAGGGCCCAAAGCUGGUGAUUACACCUAUCGGGAGGGCUUGGAGCACAAGUGCAAGCGGGACAUCCUGCUGGGCAGGCUGAAGAACUCAGAAGACAAGAGCUGGAAAAGGAUCCGUCCUCGCCCAACGAAAACCAACUUUGUAGGAUCCUAUUACCUGUGCAAAGAUAUGCUUAACAAGCAGGACUGUAAGUACGGGGAUAACUGCACCUUCGCGUACCACCAGGAAGAGAUCGACGUGUGGACGGAGGAGAGGAAGGGGACCCUCAAUCGUGACCUCCUCUUUGACCCGCUAGGUGGGAUCAAGCAGAGCAGCCUCACCAUUGCCAAGCUCCUCAAGGAACAUCAGGGCAUCUUCACCUUCCUUUGUGAGAUUUGCUUUGACAGCAAACCCCGGAUUAUCAGCAAAGGGACCAAGGACACACCAUCUGUCUGCUCCAACCUUUCUGCCAAACACAGUUUCCAUGACAACAAGUGUCUGGUCCACAUUGUACGUUCCACCUCCCUGAAAUACUCCAAGAUCCGCCAGUUCCAGGAGCACUUCCAGUUUGAUGUGUGCCGACAUGAGGUGCGUUAUGGCUGCCUGCGUGAGGACAGCUGCCACUUUGCUCAUAGUUUCAUCGAGCUCAAGGUCUGGCUGCUGCAGCAAUAUUCAGGAAUGACCCAUGAAGAUAUCGUGCAGGAAUCGAAGAAGUACUGGCAGCAGAUGGAGGCACAUGCCAGCAAACCAGCCAACAGCAUGGCUUCUCCCCGGGCUCCCACAUCAAGCACCUUUGACCUCCAGAUGAAGUUUGUAUGUGGCCAGUGCUGGAGAAACGGGCAGCUGGUGGAGCCAGAUAAAGACCUCAAGUACUGCAGUGCCAAAGCCCGCCACUGUUGGACAAAGGAACGUCGCGUCCUGCUGGUGAUGUCCAAAGCAAAGAAGAAGUGGGUGUCUGUCCGACCACUGCCUUCCAUCCGCAACUUCCCCCAGCAAUAUGAUUUGUGUAUCCAUGCACAAAAUGGACGGAAAUGCCAGUAUGUGGGCAACUGCUCCUUUGCCCACAGCCCUGAGGAAAGAGACAUGUGGACCUUCAUGAAGGAAAAUAAAAUACUAGAUAUGCAGCAGACCUAUGACAUGUGGCUAAAGAAACACAAUCCUGGGAAGCCUGGAGAGGGGACACCACUCACCUCACGAGAAGGGGAGAAACAGAUCCAGAUGCCCACUGACUAUGCUGACAUCAUGAUGGGCUACCACUGCUGGCUCUGUGGGAAGAACAGCAACAGCAAGAAGCAGUGGCAGCAGCACAUCCAGUCGGAGAAGCACAAGGAGAAGGUCUUCACCUCAGACAGUGACUCCAGCUGCUGGAGCUACCGCUUCCCCAUGGGCGAAUUCCGUCUCUGUGAAAGGUUCCAGAAGAGCAAGACCUGCCCCGAAGGAGAGGAGUGUCGCUAUGCCCAUGGCCAGGACGAGCUGACAGAGUGGCUAGACCGGAGGGAGGUGCUGAAACAGAAACUGGCCAAGGCCCGCAAGGACAUGCUGCUCUGCCCCAGGGAUGACGACUUCGGGAAAUACAACUUCCUAUUGCGGGAUGGCGUAUAGUAAGGGUUGUGGGGGGAGCCUGUCGGCUGGAGAAACAUGUGGCGGGUUUUCUGAGAGUGGCAGUAGCAGGGAGAGCGAGAUCUGUGUCUCGCAAAGAGAACUUUUUCUUUUCUUUCGUUUUAAGAUUAUGAGACGAUGAUUUAUUAGUGGUGAAUGAAAUCGUGAAUUUGAUUAUCCUUGGCCAGCGAAUGCCAUGCUCACUGAGUUUGUGAUCUGUUUUCUCUCUCUUCUUUUCUCCAAAUUCUCCUUCCUCUCCCAUCUUUUUGUUUUCACUGUCCUUCAUUCAAAGGAAUGAAUCCAAGUCUGUACUGGGCUGUGAAUCAGAGAAUUUCUCCUCGUGUCAUUCUUCUGCCCUUCAAUUCAGAGUGUGGCUGCAGAGGUCCAGAGGACAAAGCUGAGAGGAAGGGCCAGACAUCUGGUGAAAAGGUGACCAUGAAGUUCAUGUGCUCCUUUUCUCAGAGCUGUAGAGCAAGCCCCACUUGCGCUGCUGCAGCCAGCCUGCUCUCCUGGGAGUUCAGUACCGGAAGAAUUAGGAAUUGAGGUUCAAAGAAGGAAAACCACUAGAUCUGGCUUAAAACAUCUAGGCUUAAACUUCUGCUGUCUUUAUUGCCCUGAGGCAUCAACUGGCGCUGAGGAGGGUAACAGCCAUGUGGUGUCGAGAGUGUAGCUAAAAGCAGCAAAGUAAUAAAACUGCUUGCAGCAGCAGGAACUGGAUUGUAGGUGACUUCAGACUGUUUCAGAUGACUGCACCCAGAAAGCAAAUGGUUAACUCCUCAUUAGAUGUCUUUCUCAGUGUGCAACAUGUAUUCCAGGUAGGUAGUUUUGGUUUGUUUUUGGCUGGUGUGGCUGGUGCAAGUGAGAUUGAAGCCAUCUCGAAGGUGUAGCGGAGACUGUGACACACCCUGUAUCACUAGUUCACACAGCGAUAUCAGUCAGGAGGAAGGCUGUAAUCAAAGGGAGCCCGUAUUUUUGUGUUGCCUUGUGUCUUGAAGAAAGGGAAGUAGGUAGUGGGGGUUCCCUCCUUGCUCUUUAAAUUAUGUGUGUUACUGGUUAUUUAGAGCUGCCUUUUAGAGCAUAUGUAGAGCAUGCAGUGCCAGAAGAACUGGAUGGGGACCCAUUUAAAAGGACACCAUUGAGCAGCAUGGAUGAUGUUUUGCUAAUGGGAAUCCAGCUGGAUGGGCACUUACCAGCACUGGUGGUCCAGCCCCCUCCCCCUUGGAGCUGGGGCAGGGAGCUUGCAGACACGCAGUGGAGCCAGGAUGUGACCCCGGGCAGGGACUGUGGCAGAGAGAGUGGCACAGCUGUGUGCCUGCUCCUGUCCUGCCUGAUGUGCACCGUGAUGGGGGAACCAGUGAUGCUGAGCUCUGUGCCAGGACUUUUGGCUUUUAUAGUGGCAGCGGUGGGAGGCAGUGCUGCUCUGUAUGCCAGCCUUGUCCUUUCUGGCAGUCUCAUCCUGUAAGCAGUAAACGUGUGUCCUGUCCUGAGCUUCCCUCUCCUCUCUUCUGCAGUCCAGCUGUGCUCUGCGGUUUUGCAUGCAUGGAUGGCACCAUCCACACAAACACAAAUACAUCUCUGUCACAGCCUUCCUAAGAGGAUGUCUUUUUCAUGCAGAGGCUCCCAAGACAGCAAGCUCUGAGCCCUUGGGGCUGGCAGUGCUGUAUCCAUGGUAAAUACAAUCUGGCUGUGAACUGCUCAGUGCUUUGGCAUUGCUGGGUCCCCCUUUCCCCUCCCUGCUCCCAUAUCCUUGGGCUUCCCAGCUUCAAGAGAGACGGCAUGUGGAAAUACAGGGGAUGCUAUGGAGGCAGUUGGCACCUUUCUAAACCAGACUCCAGGCAGGUGCAUCAGCUCCACUGAGUAGUUAACGGCCCAGGAGCAGAGCACGCUGCAUGCUGGUCUUGGGUCUUUCCAGAGAUACUGUCUGCUCUAAGUAAGCUGAAUGUGCCUCUGAGCUUAGAAUUGUUUAGGUUGGAAAAGACCUUUAAGAUCAUUGAGUCCAACUGUUAACCCAGGACUGCCCAGUCCACCACUAAACCAUGUCCCCAGGUGCCACAUCUGCACUUCCAAAUACCUCCAGGGAUGGUGCCCACUUCCCUGGGCAGCUCAGCCACUUCCCUGCAGAGCUUGUUUCCUCUCCUUUAAGAUGUAGGUGUUGGUCACUGGUUUGGUAUGAGCUUCCUUUCCCAGCUAUACAGCACCUUGAGAUCUGCUCUGGAAGGGGCCAGGACCAUAACACCUGAUGAUGCACAGAUGGCUUGUUGGGAGAAGAGGGAAGUGGUUAUUUCCAUCUCUGCCCAAGGACAAGAUGGGGGAGGAUCCGUAGUGCUGCAGGGAAAGAGAAUGACCAACACGGUAUCAGCUACGGCAGUUUUUGAGUGGUCACGUGCUGUGUGUUCUCCUCUGCCCUUCGCUGUAGCUGUCUGGAUCGUACCUUCUGGUGCUCCUUGUGCCCAAGUGGUCAACGGUAUAAACAGAGAAAGACAGGGGAGGAGGCAGGCGUCAGCGUGUGGGUUAUUUUGUUCUGCUCUUCUGGGGCAGAGACACCAAGGAAGCAAAUCUGGAUCGGGAACACUGGAAUGUGUUUUUUAUUUUUAAAACAAACCUGCAUCUCUAGUGUGACUCUAGCAUUCGCUGCGCCGUGAUUUCUCAUAUGAUAACUUGUUUAGGUUACAGAGUGGGUCACUGCCCCCUCUCCCCAUCUCUGCAGUGAGAGCCCAGCUGCUCAGCAGGGCUUUGGAGGUUCGGAGUUAGGGCCAAGGCGGGGAGAGGGCGAGUGUGCGUGAGGUGGGGGAGGCCCACGGUUACGGGGGUUGCGUUGAGUAUCUCUUUUUGUUUUCCCUGAUAUGAUAACCUGGUCUGUGGUGUUGCAGUACUUUGUCACCAGACUUGUUUUAGUGUGUAUAUAUGUGACCCCUCCCGUGAAGCAUAUAUACACAGGUAUUAAAUAUAUCACUUUAUAUAAUAUUAUAUGUGUGUGGUAUCAAAGGAAUCUUUUAAAUGAGGGUAAAGGAAAAGGACUCGGGCCAGGAAACGCAGCAUCUCCAGUUUAAAUUUGAAGACAUUUAUUUGGCUUAGGGGAAGGGAAGUAACAAAGAGGGGAGAGGUUUAUAUACAUAGGUAUAAAUUCUGAGAUGGGACGGGUUUCCCUGUUCACAUUUUUGAAACCCCCUAGGAUGUCCUCACAACCCCAUCUCAGUGAAAAAGUAUUAUACUACUAACUAGCAAGUAAAGUUUUUAAUGAUAAGGCUUUGCUUAUAUUAUUUAAAGGGACAUUGUGAAGGGCAGGAGGCUUCACACUUGACUUCCCAGGUUCGCUUGAUUAAGCCAAGAGGGUUUUCUUCAGCACGUUAUGGACUCUCAGCAGAACUGCUUGGCGCUUGUGGCUCUACAACAGACAAACCACAAGUUGUAGGGCUGCUUUAGUGGUGCGUUCACAAGGCCCUGUGAUAACUCUCUUCUUUAGUCAUGUGAGAAGAAGAGACUUUUGCAGUGCAGAACCAAAUUCAAGGGUUAUUAACAAAAGAAGUUAUAUUUUAAUUUUUUAACAUUAGAAGAAAAUCUCGUAUCUUGUAAAUCUUGCAAAAUAACCACAGACGCACACAUCAUGCAGAGCAGAGACUUGCUAAAUGCUGAAGGACUCGGUGAAAAUCUUUUCCCAAAUGCUUUGGUAGGGGCAUUCGGGAUUUGGUAGGGAUUUAAGUGACACCGGCAUUGGAGUUAACCUGGCCUUCUACAGAGAGAAGUAAAAAAACCAAAAAAUACCCUGCUUAGCUUGUAUGAAACUGUAUGUCAAAAAUGGAUGGGUCUUAGCAAGUGAAAGGAGAAGAUAGCAAGGGGAUGCUGCAGUUCUGAGCUGGGUAGUAAUGAUUUUGAGUCCUUUAAUAUGUCUUUGUAUUAAUAUAAUUUAAGAAUACCACGCUUUACUAUUAAAAAAGAACUUAGUAUCUUUCAUAAGGUCUAGUAUCAGGAUAAUAAUGUAGAUGUUUUAACAACAUUUUUUUUUGUUCUUAAAUAAAAAAAACAACCAAACUUGCUUCUUUUAGCCUUUGUAAUAGAAAAUAAAAGUGUGCACUUUAAACCCUC